AUUUAUUUCUUCUUCUUUAUCUUCUUCUUUUCCUCUCUGAAACAAUGGCUGUUAACAGUCAAACCCUAAUAUAUUUCAUGCUUGUAUCAGUGGCAGGCUGCGGAAUCUCCGCCUGGGCGAUUUCACUGCCUCCCGAGCUCAGUGACAAGCUUCACUCAGACGCUGAUGCAAUCAAAGCGGCUUCUACCGAUUACGGCCAUAUCAUUUCGGUGAAUCCCGCGGCGGUUCUUUUUCCAUCGUCCGUCGAUGAUAUCAAGACUCUUAUAAGUUUCUCGUUCAGAAGUAAUUAUACUCCGUACACUGUAGCAGCGAAAGGCAAUGCUCAUUCUGUCUGGGGCCAGGCCAUGGCGGCCAGCGGCGUAGUGGUGGAUAUGUUGUCGCUAAACAAGAAUGCAAACGGAAGUAGAAUUGUGAUAUGUGGAGACGAGGGCUCGGGUUUUUACGCCGAUGUUGGGGGAGAACAGCUGUGGAUUGAUUUGUUGAAUGCGACACUGAAACAUGGACUUUCACCGGUUUCAUGGACAGAUUAUUUGUAUACGACUGUCGGCGGGACGCUUUCAAACGCUGGAAUCAGCGGCCAAACGCAUCGCAGAGGUCCUGAGAUUUCCAAUGUCGAAGAAUUAGACGUGGUUACUGGAAAAGGAGAACUACUAACUUGCUCCCCACAACAGAACCCGGACUUGUUUUAUGGAGUUCUCGGAGGCCUUGGUCAAUUCGGAGUCAUAGCGAGAGCAAGAAUAGUUCUAGAGCCGGCACAGAAAAGGGUUAGGUGGUUACGUAUUCUUUACAAUGAUUUCGCUGCUUUUACUAAAGAACAAGAAAAUUUGAUCGCUCUGACGGGAAAAAAUGCACCGAAUUAUUUGGAAGGCCAACUUUUAAUGGACCCAAAUACUAAUCUUGACUUCUUUCCACCGGCCGAUCGCCCAAAAAUAAUCUCACUCAUAAAACAGUAUGGCAUCAUCUACUUAAUCGAAGUAGCCAAGUAUUACGAUGGCAGCAACAAUACUGUGGACGAGGAGCUGAAAGUAGUGUUGAAAAAUGCAGUAAGUUUCAUCCCUGGAUGUAUAUUCAUGGCGGAUGUGACCUACCUGGAUUUCUUAAACAGAGUUUACCCGGACGAGUUGGCUCUUCGGAAGCAAGGGCUUUGGGAUGUUCCUCAUCCAUGGCUGAAUCUCUUCGUACCCAAAUCUCGAAUCAUCGAUUUCAACAAUGGCGUUUUCAAGGACAUUCUUCUUAAAAACAACUUCACCACAUCACUCGUCCUUUUUAACCCCAUGUUCAGAGACAAAUGGGAUCUCAGGAUGUCUGCAGUUAUACCAGAUGAAGAUGUGUUCUACGCUGCAGGGUUUCUGGAUUCAAGUAGGUUCGAUAACUGGGAGGUCUAUGAUAAGAAAAAUAGAGAGAUAUUGCAGUUUUGUGCCAGUAAUGGGAUUAAAGUUAAGCAGUAUCUUGGCCACCAUGGAAGUAAGCAAGAAUGGAUUGAUCAUUUCGGCUCAAAAUGGAAUACAUUUCAGCAGAGAAAAUUUCAGUUUGAUCCAAAAUUGUUAUUAUCACCAGGACAAAAAAUUUUCAACUAAGAGUGCAUUUGGUGUAAUAUUCUAUUAAAAAA